GGAGGGACAAAAGGUAUUACCCACUAUCGUUUACCUUUAGCUGUUAUCCAUUAGCUUGAACAUGGCUUCGUUUAUUAUCAAACCUGCUCACCUCCGCUGUGUUCUAAGGACAGGCAGGCUCAUAAACGAGCUUCAAACGAGGAUAAUAUUGUGUUCAGACAGAAGUUAUGCCACUGAAGGAGACAACAGGGUACCCAAAAUAUACACCAAAACUGGAGACAAAGGUUUCUCAAGCACAUUUACAGGAGAAAGGAGGGCAAAGGAAGAUCAUAUUUUUGAGGCCUUAGGAAAUACAGAUGAGCUUUCAUCAGCUGUAGGCUUGGCCAGAGAAUUUUGCCUCGACAAAGGUCACACAUUCAUCUAUCAGCUGGACAAGAUACAGUGCAUUUUACAAGAUGUGGGCUCGAAUAUUGCCACCCCUCGAUCAUCUGCAAGAGAAAGUCACAUAAAGAGAACCACAUUUACAGCUCAGCCAAUUACAGACCUGGAAACCUGGAUUGAUAACUUUACAAAAGAACUUCCUCCACUGACCAACUUCAUUUUACCUUCUGGAGGGAAGAGCAGUGCAGCUUUGCACUUCGCUCGGACAGUCUGUCGGAGAGCAGAGCGCAGCGUUGCUCCAAUUGUGCGCUCAGGGGAGGCAGAUCCAGAUGUUGCCAAGUUUUUGAACAGACUGAGCGACUACCUGUUCACUGUAGCCAGAUAUGCAGCCAUGCAAGAAGGAAACGAGGAGAAAAUCUACAAAAGACCCAAAUGACCAGAUAAUCACGUGAGGAUCAGGAC